AUAAAAGGCCAACUUCUCACUUCGUACUCUCUGCCUUUCUUCUCUAUAUCUGCUCUGCUCUAUGCAGCAGACCUCAAAAAUGGCUUCAAACUCGUACCUCUGUUUCUUCUUCUCCACCAUUUUCGUUUCCUUUUCUGUGAUUUCCCUGUUACCUUUGGCUUUCUCUCGAGACUUACCCGAGAUUACUCAUACAUUCCUUGACGUCUCAGCCUCGCUCGAACAAGCCCGUGCAGUCCUCAACUUCGACCCUGAAACCAUUAAGCCCUUGGUUCAACAAAAAGAGCCCCUGCUACAAGCUCAGGUCGGUAAUUCCUCUUCUUUCUCGGUUCAGGUUCACCCACGAGAGUCACUUUAUAAGUCCUCGUAUGAAGACUACAAGAGCCUUGUUCUUGCUCGACUCGAGCGCGACUCGGCCCGGGUCGAAGCUCUCACCACCAAGUUCCAGCUCGCCCUUGAGGGUGUGAAGAAGUCGGAUCUUAAACCUGUGGAGAAGGAGCUUCUCCCCGAGGAUCUGUCCACUCCGAUCGUGUCCGGAACGAGCCUGGGCAGCGGUGAGUACUUCUCGCGCAUUGGUGUGGGAACCCCCGCCAAGCCUUUCUACAUGGUGCUCGACACUGGCAGCGACAUCAACUGGCUCCAAUGUAAGCCCUGUGCGGACUGCUACCAGCAAUCCGAUCCUAUAUUCGACCCAACUUCAUCCUCUUCCUACAAGCCCCUUCCCUGCGCUUCUCAGCAAUGCCAGGCCGUCCGGGUUCAAGGUUGUAGUGCAGGAAAGUGUCUCUAUGAGGUCUCCUAUGGCGACGGGUCGUACACCACUGGCAACAUGGUGACGGAGACAGUGUCGUUCGGGAGAUCUGGCGCAGUGAACAAUAUCGCUUUGGGCUGCGGCCACGACAACGAGGGAUUGUUCGUUGGGGCAGCCGGAUUACUCGGACUCGGUGGGGGUUCACUCUCGUUUCCUUACCAGAUCAAAGCGUCGUCGUUCUCAUACUGCCUCGUGGACCGUGACUCGAGCAAGUCCUCGACUCUCGACUUCAACUCGGCUCCACCCGCUGACUCGGUCUAUACCACUAUACUUAAAAAUGAAAAGGUCGACACGUUCUACUUCAUCGGACUCGACGGACUGAGCGUCGGAGGUAGGCCCCUCUCAAUCCCGGCUUCGGUAUUUCAAUCGGACGCGUCAGGAAACGGCGGAAUCAUCGUCGACUCGGGUACGGCCAUAACCCGAUUGCAGACCCAGGCCUACAACGCGCUCCGCGACGCGUUCGUGAAGUUAACUCGAAACCUGAAAUCGACGAACGGCGUAUCUCUGUUCGACACGUGCUACGAUCUGUCAUCCCAGACCUCCGUGCAAGUUCCAACGGUGUCGUUCCGGUUCUCGGGCGGGAAGUCGCUGUCGCUACCGGCAAAGAACUAUCUGAUCCCCGUGGACUCGUCCGGAACCUACUGUCUGGCCUUUGCGCCUACAUCAUCGUCUCUCUCAAUUAUUGGGAACGUACAGCAACAGGGGACACGUGUCAGCUACGAUUUGGCAAACUCGCGGGUGGCGUUCUCACCCAAUAAAUGUUAGAGUCUUCCGUAGGUGGGCACUUAAUUUACCCUUAUAUCCCCAAUAAACUAGGUAAUUUACAGGACAGGUAAUGUACAAGAAAGUGGGCCCAUCUAAAUAAAUUCCGAAGGAAAGGUUGGCUUUGGCUUGGUGUGGCUCAUAAUUAUUAUUGUCAUAAAUGUAAUAUUAUUAUUGGCAUGAUCUGUUUGGUUUAGUGGCAGUAAAGAAAUUUAGUCGAGUGUUAGGGGCCAUUUAAAGUUAGUGUGACUGUGAGUUCACGUUUCGUGUACUGUGUUUGGAGAGACAGUGAGAGAGAGUGAAAAUAAUAUUUUACUUUACCUAUUUGUCCUUUUCCUGAACGGAGGGAAAGAAAAUUUAUAUAUAUUUUAUUUUGUGUAAUUUGUUUGGAUUGAAUUCGACAAUUAUGAUUUAAACAGCCA